GGCUUCUGCUCUGCACGCGCGCUCUCCUUUAUCCGGGCCCCGCCCCCUUUCUCCCGUGAAAACUGAGAUUACAGUGGGGGUGGUGUUGGUGGGACCGUGAAAGGAAAGACCGGGACGAGACUUUAAGGGUUAUUUUCGCGUUCAGAACUGGUUUUUCUGUCUAACUGUAAGUUCAUAGUUUGUACAGAAGAAGUGUAAACAUAUUAAAAAGCCGUCUUGUGUCCGUCCAGAUGUAAAAACCGACAGUGAGCGCCGACUGAACCAAGUUAGCUUGCUAGGUCUUAGCCAGGAACAACCGGAGAACGGACUCGAAACGUUAUCAACAUUUACUCUCUAUAUAAUGUCGCUCUCAGGAGGUCACUCGAGUUUUGGAUGAGGGCAAAGACCGAGGGUAAAGCAGUGUAAGGGCAGAGUGAAGGUGUGAUGCUGGGGCAGAAGGAGCCACGGGGCUCUGGGGGUCGCCGGUCCGGGUUCCUCACUCGGCCGUUUCCAGCCCUCAGGACACCCGGGGGCUACGUGUUGCUCCUGCUGCUCCAGGCGGCCCUGUGCCUCGCCAGACCAGGCGGAAUAAUCAGCAAUAAUAACAACAACCACCCGAAUGUCAACGUUUACAUGAGUGAAGAUGAGGUUAAGAAACUUCUGGGUUUGGAUGCCGAGCUGUAUUACGUGAGGGACGAUGUGGUGAAUCAUUAUGCUCUCACCUUCGUGCUGCCAGUACCGAGCGAGACCAACAGCCUGCACUUCACCUGGCACUCCAACAACAAGGUGGACUACAGGUUGGGUUUCCAGGUGGAGAACCCCGCAGCUAUGGACCAGCCUCAUAGCAACAUUUCAGCCAGUGGGGAGGUCCCACUCACGCGCUCUGUUUUCAGAGUGGACCUCUUUUGUUCUGGGAAAGUGGACGGUGAGGCCAUUCUGACCGUGCAGCUGAAUCUGACGAUCCAUGCCAACAAUUUCACAGUACUCAACUUCAAGCGCAGGAAAAUGUGCUACAGAAGAAUGGAACAGCCAGAUUCCCCCAGAAUCCUCCUUCCAUUCUCUAACAAAACAGGACCAGACUUAGACAGCGCCCCUACAACGUCCACCAGAGUGUUCUACAUCAGCGUUGGAGUGUGUUGUGCUGUCAUCUUCCUAGUUGCAAUCAUCCUUGCUGUGUUACACCUGCACAGCAUGAAAAGAAUCGAGGUGGAUGACAGUGAGAGUGACAGUGGGAGCUCCCAGGGUCUUUCUCAACCCUCGACACAGACCACACAGUAUCUGAGAGCAGACACACCAAACAACGCCACCUCCAUCACCAACGUUCACACUGGCUCUGCACCCAUGCUGCAGCUCUCAGGGGCCUCUUUUCCCCACCCUGGUGCUCCCUCCCACGAAAGCAAAACCUACCCUUCAUUGCGGAUAGAGAAAAAUGACCUGAGAAGCGUGACCCUACUUGAAGCCAAGGCAAAGGUUAAGGACAUCGCCAUCUCUAGAGAGAGAGUCACACUCCGAGACGUUUUGCAUGAAGGAACCUUUGGACGGAUAUUCCAUGGUGUCUUGCUUGACGAGAAGGACCCAAGUAAAGAGAAACAAGUGUUUGUGAAAACAGUUAAAGAUCAUGCCUCGGAGGUACAGGUGACUAUGAUGCUGACGGAGAGCUGUAAGCUGCGAGGGCUUCAUCACAGGAACCUGUUGCCUAUUAGUCACGUGUGCACAGAGGAUGGAGAGAAGCCCAUGGUCCUGCUACCCUAUAUGAACUGGGGCAAUCUCAAGCUCUUCCUUCGCCAGUGCAAGCUUGCCGAAGCCAACAAUCCUCAGGCUAUCUCCCAGCAGGACCUUGUUCAUAUGGCUAUCCAAAUCGCAUGUGGUAUGAGCUAUCUGGCACGAAGAGAGGUCAUCCACAAAGACUUGGCUGCCAGGAACUGUGUCAUUGAUGACAGCAUGCAGGUGAAGAUCACUGAUAAUGCACUUGCUCGAGACCUCUUCCCCAUGGACUAUCACUGCCUAGGGGAUAAUGAGAAUAGACCCGUACGCUGGAUGGCCCUGGAAAGCCUGCUCAACAACGACUUCUCCAGUGCCAGUGAUGUGUGGGCAUUUGGGGUGACUCUGUGGGAAUUGAUGACACUGGGACAGACUCCUUAUGUCGACAUUGACCCAUUUGAGAUGGCUGCCUACUUGAAGGAUGGCUACAGAAUAGCACAGCCCAUCAACUGUCCUGAUGAGCUGUUUGCAGUAAUGGCUUGUUGCUGGGCACUGGAUCCAGAAGAGAGGCCGAAGUUCCAGCAGCUUGUCCAGUGCCUCACAGAGUUCCACGCAGCUUUAGGGGCCUAUGUUUAAACUCCAGCCUCAGGUUUUGUUCUGGGCCCCUGGUCAUUGACCAGCACUAUCCCACAACAGGAAAAACAGCACCUGAGUAAAUAAAACAUGUCUCUCAUAUCAGUGAUUUAUUUGGGGGGAAAUGCUGUCACUGAGACUCUUUUCUGCUUUUUGGAGAAGUCACCCUUUUCUCCCUACAUGGAAUAGUAGAUCUCCAUGUGUUUCCACUGUUGAAGACCAACACCUAUGGCCUUUACCACAGUGCACACUUUUCUUAACAAUGCUGAUGUUAAUGUGUUCAUGGGAAGCUUUUGUUCAUUUCAGCACAGAACCAUUUCCAGUUUAUUUCACUACAGUUACUGUCUGAUUUUUCAGACAUUGCUUGCUUGGAUUGAGUUGUAUGUUUUUUUUUUGAGUCUUCAGUGAGAGGAAGUCUCUACUGUGUUGGUUCUAAAACACUGCUCUGAAAUGGAAAACGGUUUUCUUUACAGUGUGUGUUUGUGCAGGACAAAUAUUUGCACAGAUCACGUUUGUCUGUCCUCUUGUUGGUACUUGUACAUUUGCCAAAAUAAUUUUUUUCCAUUUGUUCAGCUUAAAUGAGCUCAAGUAUAGUUCUGCCACUGGGUAUCAGGAGGAUAUCGGCUUACUGCCACAAGUAUUUAAUUUUCUUCAGGCAGUGGAUAUGCAGAACUGUACUAGUAGUUACUUAAAACCAGUGUUAAACUGGCUUGUGGUACUUAUUACAGCACCAAGACAGCUAUUUCAUCCAAAAGAUAUUACAAUGUUUUGAAUUACAGUUGAUCAGCAAAAUAAGUGAAUAAUUACAAUAAUAGUCAAAUUUCUUACAGGGUUAUUACUUACUCCUAAAGUUUUUAAUGUUUGUUCUGUGUCAGAACAAAGUCCUCCUUUUUGUAUUUUUUUUAAAGAAUGCGUAAAGACACACCAGUCACUGUGAAUAAUCAAAGUGUACGGCCUAUGUUAAAAACGGUUUCUAUCCGUGUUUCUUUUUCCCUAGCAUUUAUAGACUUCUCUUGAUGCUGACAAGUGCAUGUUGAUUUGAAAAGGUAUUAUGUAAACUGUUUCCUGAACUCAUACCUACGAAUUAAAAAAGAACCCAAAAUAAAAUGGGUUUUCAAUGUAGAA